ACAGAAUUCUGGGUUCAAUUACAAUAAAACAGCAGAAGUACUAGAAACAGGAGUCUUGAAGCUCCAUCAGUUGGGGAAGGAUGGCAAACAGUGCCUCUCCUGAGCAGAAUCAAAAUCACUGCUCAGCCAUCAACAGCAGUAUCCUGCUGACACAGGGCAACCUUCCCACCCUGACCUUAUCUGGAAAGAUCCGCGUGACAGUCACUUUCUUCCUUUUCCUACUCUCCACAGCUUUCAAUGCUUCUUUCUUGUUGAAACUUCAGAAAUGGACUCAAAGGAAAGAGAAAGGGAAAAAACUCUCAAGAAUGAAGGUGCUUUUAAAACACUUGACUCUAGCCAACCUGUUGGAGACUCUGAUUGUCAUGCCGCUGGAUGGCAUGUGGAACAUCACCGUGCAAUGGUAUGCCGGAGAGUUCCUCUGCAAAGUCCUCAGCUACCUGAAGCUUUUCUCCAUGUAUGCCCCCGCCUUCAUUAUGGUGGUGAUUAGCCUGGACCGCUCGCUGGCCAUCACAAGGCCCCUCGCUGUGAAAAGCAACAGCAUGCUCGGACGGUUCAUGAUUGGCUUGGCCUGGCUCCUCAGUAGCAUCUUUGCUGGACCACAGUUAUACAUCUUCAGGAUGAUCCAUUUAGCAGACAGCUCUGGACAGACAGAAGGUUUCUCUCAAUGUGUAACACAUGGCAGUUUUCCACAAUGGUGGCAUCAAGCCUUUUAUAACUUUUUCACCUUUAGCUGCCUCUUCAUUAUCCCUCUCCUCAUCAUGUUGAUCUGCAACGCAAAAAUCAUGUUCACUCUGACAAGAGUCCUUCAGCAGGAUCCCCACAACCUGCAACUGAAUCAAUCCAAGAACAACAUACCACGAGCUCGGUUGAGGACUCUGAAGAUGACAGUUGCAUUUGCUGCUUCAUUUAUUGUCUGCUGGACUCCCUACUAUGUCCUAGGAAUUUGGUACUGGUUUGAUCCCGAAAUGGUAAACAGGGUGUCAGAUCCAGUCAAUCACUUCUUCUUUCUCUUUGCUUUUUUAAAUCCAUGCUUUGAUCCACUUAUAUAUGGAUAUUUCUCUCUGUAAUUUUGUUAGACUAUAUACAGAAUUAUAUAAAGAAGGGCAAAAUGAUGAAUUUCCCCUUUGGGGAAUGACAAGCACAAAGCAUAUUGUAGCACAUUUACAUAUAAACAAAGCAGAAUUUUAGGGUAUAAUAUUAUUAUUUUUCUCUGAGAAAUCAUAUUGUCAGAGACCCAAUUAGAAGGAAAAAAAAUUUGUAGGAAAAAUAAUGAAAUAUUUCCACUUAAUCAUGAGCUUCUGAAUGAAUCUCUGUGCUUUCUGAGCUCCUAUAGCACAUUAUAUG